GAAUUCACAGGAUCAUAUCCAGUACUGUUCAAGGACAAGUGCAUUUCCAUGAAUCAGGACAGAGAGCUCCUUGGCUCCCAACCUGUUGUCUUCCCAUGAUGAGACUCCAUGGACUGUUUUUGGCAUCUCUUGUUACUUGCAUGGCAUUGGCUGAGAAACUUUCAUCACCACCUGUGGUGGACACCAAGUAUGGCAAAGUUCUGGGGAUGUAUGAAAGCGUGGAAGGAUUUGCACAGCCUGUGGCUCAGUUCCUGGGAAUCCCUUUUGCCAAGCCUCCUCUUGGAUCCCUGAGGUUUGCUCCUCCACAGCCUCCAGAGCCUUGGAACUAUGUGAAGAAUACCACAUCCCACACUCCUAUGUGUUCUCAAGUUUUAUCACUAGCACAAAUGGAAUCAGACCUUGUGAACACCAGAAAGAAUAUUGUUGUCACAGUGUCUGAAGACUGUCUGUAUCUGAAUAUUUAUGCUCCUGUUGACUCAACAAAAAAAAGUAGGCUGCCGGUGAUGGUGUGGAUCCAUGGUGGUGGUCUGAUAUUUGGUGGGGCAUCACCCUAUGAUGGACUGGCCCUCUCUGCUAGUGAGAAUGUGGUGGUGGUGACUAUUCAGUACCGUCUGGGAAUCUGGGGAUUCUUCAGCACAGGAGAUGAACACAGCUUAGGGAAUUGGGGUCACUUGGACCAGGUGGCUGCACUGCGCUGGGUGCAGGACAACAUCGCCAACUUUGGAGGGAACCCAGACUCUGUGACCAUCUUUGGAGAGUCAGCAGGAGGUGAAUGUGUCUCUGUUCUUGUGCUAUCUCCCCUGGCCAAGAACCUCUUCCACAGGGCCAUUUCAGAGAGUGGUGUGGUCUUCACUCCUAGUCUGUUAAGCAAGGAUGUCAAGCCUCUGGCUAAGAAAAUUGCAGGUGCUGCUGGGUGUAAAACUACUUCCUCAGCUGUCAUGGUUCACUGCCUGCGCCAGAAGACAGAGGAUGAACUCUUGGAGGUCACACAGAACUUGAAAUUUGCUUCUGUGGAUAUUUUUGAAGACCCCAGAAAGAAGUAUAUGUUUGUGCCCACUGUUGUUGACGGUGUGCUGCUGCCCAAAGCACCUGAAGAGAUGAUGGCUGAAAAGAAUUUCAACCUCGUUCCCUAUAUGGUAGGAUUCAACAAGCAAGAGUUUGGCUGGGUCAUUCCCAUGAUGCUUGGAGGUGUAAUCCCUGAAGACAAACUGGAUCAGAAGAUGGCCGCAUCACUCUUGUGGACGUUGUAUCCCUUUGCUAAUGUUCCUGAGGAACUGACAGCAGUGGUCACUGAGAUGUAUUUAGGAGGGACAGAUGACCUCGUCAAAAAGAGAGAACUGUUCCUGGACUUAAUGGGAGAUUUGAUGUUUGGUAUCCCAUCUGUGAUUGCAGCUCGUGGCCACAGAGAUGCUGGAGCCCCCACCUACAUGUAUGAGUUCCAGUACUGUCCAACUUUCAUAUCAGACAUGAGACCCAAGACAGUGAAAGGAGACCACGGGGAUGAGAUUUUCUCAGUGUUUGGGAGUCCACUUGUGAAAGAGGGUGCUUCCGAGGAGGAGAUCAACCUCAGCAAGAUGGUGAUGAAAUUCUGGGCCAACUUUGCUCGGACUGGGAACCCCAAUGGGGAAGGUCUGCCUCACUGGCCAGAGUAUGACCAAAAGGAAGGAUACCUGCAGAUUGGUGUCACCACCCAGGCUGCCCAGAAACUGAAGGGCAAAGAAAUGGCUUUCUAUACUGAGGUUCUAGCCAAGAAGACUGUGGGGAAUCCACACCAGCAAGAACACAUAGAGCUCUGAAACGACUAUGCAGCCAGUUUCAGGGUCCUGAGACAGUUAACAUGGGUGUAUCUAUAGGAGCGUUUGUAAGCUAAGCUUGCAUAAGUUUGUAGUGGCUGAAGCAUGGUUUGUUUUAUGAUGGGAGGAGUCCGGGAAUGGGGAAUGUUUGUGCAAUGACUUUAAUUUGAAGAUAAGUGUUAAUUUUGACAAUAAAAUCAAUGUCUGUGUU